AGGUCCACCCAUGAUAAGUGGUAACCGUUGUCUAAAUUCAUUAACCGGACUACGGACAUCACGUUUACUUGUGACGUACGUGAUACACACACCCGUUGCUAUUCCUAUAUAUUAUAAAAUUAAAACUUCAUGCCUCAUAUCCUGUAAAUUAGUAGUACUAGGCAAGUAUCAGCGAUACACGUAUGCAAUAAAGUUAGCUAACAAUUAGACUUGGAAGCAAAAAAUGUAUGGAGUUGCGAUAUUUUUUAAAAUAUUAAAAUUUUUUACAGAGUUUGUCUUUCUUAUUAUCGUAUCCGCCAAGCAGCUUGCCAAACACUAAACUCUGAAGUCGUGACCUACUGGAGUACAGGACGAGGUCACAAAACGAACAACAAAAUUAUUGUCGAUUUUGUAAACAGCUACAAAUGCUACAACGCUAUUAAUUAAACUAGAGGCAAUAAAAGUAACAGUUGUCGAGUCUUAUUGUAUGGAUAAAGUAUCGGUAUACUGAUAAAUAGAAGUAUUCCUUUAAAAGAGACCUAAAAGUAAGAAUUUGACCUAAAUGUAAGUAAAAUAUCACACGAUAUUUUAAAUUUAUGAUAAUAAAAAAAUCAUUCAACAUUUCAAAGUUAAUUUAUGAAGAGAUGUUUUUGUGAUGAUGUGUUUCAGUAAUUCUCGAAAAAUGUUUUCCUAAAUAGAUAGUGGUUUAUAUGCAUUAAGUGUUAAUAUGAGUACUAAAUUAUUUUAACUACCGAAACUAAUAAGUCAAUAAUCUAUAUAAAACAUCACUAAAAUACAAGUCAAUUAUUUAAAUUAAAACUUCUCGAAUAGGUAUGUUAUUAAUUUACGUCUGUCAGUGUCAAUAUCUGCUGAGAAAAAAUAAAAUUUAAUGACAAGAGAAACACAAUAGCUGCUAAACGUUUUUGCUAGUGUUUAUAAAUAUGUCAUCUAAAAUAACUAUUCGUAAAUUCGAAACAGGAAUCUAUUUUAAAUCAUUGCAGAUGAUGAUUGAAGAUGAAGACAAUGACUUGUGUAUCGCACAGUACGGUGAAUGGUUAGAUGGAAAACCACAACAGAAAGAAAAAGCUACUGAGAAGUCAUUAUCACGAUUGAUCAUAAAGAUUGUAUCGGAAGACGACGUUAGCAAUAUGGAUUUAGAUUCUUGUGCCCAAGAAGUAGGCAAUCAAUUACUGAAAGUAUUUAAUGAUACACGUAGUAAUGGCGAAGAUGCAAAUCCUCGUAACGAGAUGAUAAAUGAAAUGAUGAGAAAUGAUGGAAAGCUUUUAGGGCCAAUAAACAAUGUAAAUAUUAAAUCAAAUAUGAAUCAGCGUACUGACAUCUAUAGUUCAUGUGAAGGACAAUAUGAAAUAAGAGUAAAAACGCCAUCAUUGUUAUUUAACAAGGAUCAAACAAAAGCAAUAAAUCAUAAUGAAGUGAUAGAAUCUGAUAAUAUUGAUGGAGAUAAAAGUCCUUUAGAAUAUAGCCUCGAGAAGGUGAAAGAAAAUAACGCCCGUAUAAUGGAAAAUAUUCACAUGUUAAACAGAACUUUAACGUAUACAAAGAAAAGAGAAAUAUUGGAUAUUGUUUGUCCAAAACCAUUGAGAUCUUAUCCUUGUAACUCUUGUGGAAAAUGUUUUGUCUAUGAAACUGGUUUAAAGAGACACUACUCUAUGAGGCAUUCAAUGACAGAAAUACAGCCACGAUGGCAAAUUGUGUGGACUUGUAUAGAAUGUUUCCAAGUGUGGCCUAGACAAGACCUAGCUUUGAGACAUUCCAGUCAAUGUUGCAAGUCGGACAGUGUCGAUUGUGUCCGCGAAAUAAAAACCUCAUCAUUGUUACAAUGUGAAUUUUGUGAGAAGGUAUUUACUAGUAUACCAAGAUUAUUGCGACAUUCUAAAAUGCAUACUACAAUUAACAACUAUGAAUGUAAUGCUUGCGAGGCAACAUUCUUCUACUAUAAGACUGCUGAGGAACAUUGGCUAUUAUGUCCUUGGCUAAAAAUGUGUUACACUUUUUCCUUGCCAAAAUUACUACUAUGUAAUGCCUGCGAUCGAAAAUUUAGAAAUUAUGAUCAAUUAUACAAUCACAGAUACAAAAUUGGACAUUUCACCGCAAAAAGCGAAGGGCACUCUAAUUCCGAUUCAAUAGUUUACCAGUGCGAAAUUUGUGGGCAGUGUCUCUCCUCUAUACCAUCACUUCAAAUUCACAAAGCUCAAUGCCAUCCUCAAUGUGGUACAGGAAUGCAGUACUGUAAUAUUGUAUGUAUUCAAUUACAUUUAUGAUGUUUAUUAUUUUUGGAUUUAUCUUUAAAAAGGAUUUAUUUUACAGAUAAACUACAACGAAUAUCCAAAUAGCUACAACGUGCAAAAUGAAGACGUUAGAAGAAUUGAAUACUAAAAUAUCUAAUUUGUUAUUUCGCUAAUAAAGAAAUAAAAACAUUUAAAACACUAAUGUGCAUUUCAAUUUGUAGGAAACGUUACUUCGUCUGGGUCAGGUUUAUAUUUAUCGUAGAUAUUUGUAUUUGCAACAUUAUUCCAGAGGCCAGUAUUCCCUAAUACUAACAAUUGUGGUUCUUGAUGAAUUUGCAGGCAUCCUUUUAAUUUCAUUCACAAAAUAAUGCUAUACAAGUAAAAAUAUUUAAAAUACCAUUUUAGGUCCGCCCUAGAGAUAUAUAUAUACAUCUUAAUAAAUAAAUGUCUGAAUGCUUGCAACCAAGAUUAUGGACUAAGUCCUCAUAAAUUUUAUAUGAUAUAAAUUAUAUUGUUGGUAUUUAAU